AUGGCACUGAACGUUGGCAACUUCAGUUUAAGGGAGGUUAAAAAUGACCAGGACAUAGGGUUUUUCCUUAUUUUAAAAACAAGUGGAGAAGUAGGGUUUGUGACUGUUAUAGGUUCUGUUUUUAGCUUUUCGUCUUGUGUUUCUUUUCUUUUGUCAACUUUAACAACAGAAAUAACUCAAGCCGGAAACCCGCCCAUUCAACCAAGUAAGCAAUUUAAGGUGAAAAUUUCACAAAACAAGAACAUAGAAGAUAUUGGAUGUAAUGCUACGGAAGGAAACGAUAAGGAUAAUACGACUUGUAAUGACACAAACGAAUCUGUAAGCAUGCAUAUGGGUUCAAAUAUUAUCCCCGAGACUGAAGUCAGUGAACCAGCAAACAAUAGAUUGAAAUAUGUUGUCUGGAACCAUUUUGAAGCAAUAUAUAUUGAUGGUCUUCGCCGAUUUGCAAAAUGUAAGUAUUGCAAUAAGCAGAUGACUGGUAGACCUAAUGAUGGGACAACACAUUUGAAAGAUCACUUCAAGAUAUGUCCGAGGAGAGUUACAAAAGACAUAAGGCAACAUAUUCUAGUUCAGGAGCAGACUGCUAAGGAUGGAAAAACAUCUUUAUUGAGUAAUUAUAACUUUAGUGCUGAAAGCUCAAGAGAUGAUUUAGCUAAAAUGAUCAUUCUUCAUGAUUAUCCACUUUCUAUUGUUGAGCAUCAUGGUUUUCGGAAGUAUUCAAAUGGUCUUCAACCUUUAUUUAAGGUGCCUUGUAGAGCUACAAUCAAGUCUGACAUCAUGAAGAUAUACGAAACAAAAAAAGGUUGUGUAUUACGAUAUUUGGAAGAAAACGAAAGUAAGAUUGCUCUUACUUCGGAUAUGUGGACAGCCGGUAACCAAAACAAAGGUUACAUGGCACUAACAGCACACUACAUAGAUGCCAAUUGGAACUUUUUGCAUGUGCCAUCUCCACACACUGCUGAUGCAUUUUCCCAAGUUAUGAUCGAGUGCUUUAUGGAUUGGAACAUUGACAACAAGUUAUCAACAUUGACACUUGACAAUUGUUCAACAAAUGAUGCUUUGGUUGACAGGCUCUUAGAUGGGUUUUCUAUGAUUGAGAAAGCAAUCAAGAAUGUUAGGGAUAGUGUCUCAUUUUGGACAUGUUCUCCUAAAAGAGCCCAAGACUUUAGACUCAUUGCACAACAACUAGGUGUGGAUUGUGAAAGAGAAUUAGUGCUUGAUUGUAAGACUAGGUGGAAUUCUGUUUAUACAAUGUUGAAUGUUGCUUUAGAAUACAAAGAUGUCUUUACUCGUUUGAGCAAGAAAGAGAAAAAUUAUGUUUCUUUACCUAGUGAAGAGGAAUGGAGAAUGGUGACCGAUGUAUGUGAUAAGUUAGGUUUAUUUUAUCGUGUGACCGAGACAUUCUCCGGGACCAAGUAUCCCACUUCCAACAUGUUCUUCCCCUUGAUCUGUGACAUAAAAUUGUCUAUUAAGAGUUGCCAAGACGAUCAAAAUUACGUUAUUAGAAACAUGGCAUCAAGUAUGCUGCUUAAGUUUGAUAAAUAUUGGAGAGUCAUACAUGAUAUGAUGAGUGUGGCUAUUGUUUUAGAUCCUAGAUAUAAGUUAAAGUUGAUAAAUUAUUUUUUCCCAAAGAUUUAUGGUGUGGACUCAAAAGAUGAGGAUGAAGGGUUUGAUAUAUUAAUGUGGUGGAAGUGCAACGGUGCUAAGUUUCCUAUCAUGCAGCGGAUUGCGAGGGAUGUGUUGACCAUUCCUAUUUCAAUAGUAGCUUCAGAAUCGGCUUUUAGCAUGAGUGGAAACAAGGUAACGAAACAACGAAGUCGACUAAAAUCGCAAACAAUUGGAGCUUUGAUGUGUAGCCAAAGUUGGUUAAGAAAAGAAAUUGAAGAUAAAAAGCACAGAGAACCAAAAGGAUUUGAUCAAACGAUUGCAUACAAUGAAGAUGUUGAUUGUUGA